AUGCAAGCUGUUUUUGACCUACAAGCUUUCCGACCAGCGGUAAAUCUCAGCAAUCCCACGGUGACCAAUAUCUCUUUCACACUGUACGCGGUACUCGGGGUGUUCUGGCAUCACGAGUUUCUAGUUUGGGAUCCUGACAAGUGUGAUGGAGUGUCCAGGAUUUCUCUCCCUGUCAACAGACUCUGGUCUCCCGAUAUCAUCAUCUAUGAGUUUGUGGACGCUGACGUCUCCCAAUCUUGUCCAUACGUCUACGUCAACCACACGGGUCACAUUCGCUGGGAUAGGAUGCUGCGUCUCGUCUCAGCCUGCAACUUGAAGAUUUUCAGUUUUCCUUUUGAUGUGCAGAAUUGUACUUUUACCUUUGGCUCCUACAUGCAUACCAUACGCGACGUGAGGAUAAGUCCGGCACUGACUUUCAAAGAGAUGUCUGGGAACUCAAAGCGUUACCUGGAAGCCAGUGGAGAGUGGGAACUUGUGGACAUACUGGGGAAGACUUCCAUCCUACAGUUUGGGAUUGAUGAAUGGGACGUCAUUACUUUUUGGGUGGUGAUAAAGCGACGCCCAGUCCUCUAUGUGGUCAACCUGCUCAUCCCCAGCUCGUUCCUCAUGCUCAUUGACAUCCUGUCAUUCUACCUGCCUCCCCACAGCGUGGACCGAGCCUCGUUCAAGAUGACCCUCAUCCUGGGCUACACAGUCUUCCUGCUUAUCAUGAAUGAUCUGCUGCCCAGCACUGCCAAUGGAACACCCAUCAUAGGUAUCUACUUCUCAGUGUGUCUUGCCCUAAUGGUGAUUAGUCUACUGGAGACUGUCGUCAUUACGAAUGUUCUCCAUAACAACUCCAUGAAAUAUCAAGAAGUCCCACGCUGGGUGAGGGUGAUAGUCCUUAAACACAUCGCCAAAAUCAUCUGUUACCAUUGGCAAAAAGAGCCACAGCUGCGCUCUGUGACGCAGGAAAAAAAUUCAAAAGCGCCAGGUCCACUUACCCAAUCAGAAAGCAGGACGUUGUCUGAAAAUCCCAUCAGCAAUGAAGGCACUGCUGCAAUGGCUGAGCUCCAGCAGAUCUGUCACCACCUGAGCGAGCUCCGUGCUCACCUGAGUUCCGUUCAGAAGGAGAACGAGCUGCAAGACCAAUGGUGCCACGUAGGAUAUGUCUUAGACUUCCUGCUCUUCCGAAUCUAUCUCCUGCUCAUCUCUUGCUACGCCCUGGUCAUUAUCUCCAUGUGGUGCAUCUGGAUCAGUCCAGCUUAGCGGUUGAGGACCCUUGUGCUAAGCUUUUGGUCUGUGUUUGUGCCUCAGUGUGUGUUGGUGUUUGUUAGGAAACU